CCCGUUCCGCUCUUCUUCUUUGAACAAUAUACUCCCUCGUCUUUUGAUUUCUUCGAAGCUUGAGAUUUCGGGUUCGCUAGUUCUUCUUCGCCAAAACCUACAUUUUCUUCGUUGUCUCGAGCAUAGCCUCAAACACCCAACCUUUUUCACCGAUUAAAUCUCUUCUUACCUCGAACCCUAGAAUCUCCUCCGAACAAACCUUCGAAUCUAGUUCGAAUCUAGGGUUCGCCUUUGAUUUCACCGUCUUCCGCUUUGCCGACUAGAUUUUACACCGCAAAAGAAGCUUUUGAACAACAUUGACCAAGUUCGGGAGGCCGUGCUUGAAGAAUUGAAGAAGCUGAAACGAACUCCCAGUGUGAAUAAAGCGGAGAGGGAAAAAAGGAUGCGCACUUUUGGAAGGUUCCUCGUCGUCGCUUACUCCGUGUCCCGUUCCUCGCCUUGACGAAGCCGCCAUUCAGAUUCGCGAUCUCCUCUUCGUCUUCGCCUGUUACGACACCAUCGAAGCUCAUGAUAUGGUGGUCUCCGUCUCUACUUAUUCAUUGAAGUGUGAAGUUUGAAAAUUCAUGCACUUCACAAUCGAAACCUUCUCAAGCCUAUCAAUUUCAGAGGUGAAAAAUGUCAGAGAGAAUGACUAUAGUUUCAGAGUGUUUCUGUGUUAUUCUCCUGCUUUAUUCAUGUGGCUUGGUAUUCUGUGUCAAAUACAACACUGGAGCAAGUAUUGCGCCAGGCAAAUUGAAUGUUCAUCUCGUUGCUCAUUCCCAUGAUGAUGUUGGCUGGCUCAAGACCGUUGAUCAAUACUAUGUUGGGUCACACCAUACAAUUCAGGGGGCAUGUGUGGAGAAUGUGCUGGAUUCGGUGGUUAUGUCCCUGCAGCGUGACCAAAACAGGAAGUUUGUAUUAGCUGAGAUGGCAUUUUUCCAUAGAUGGUGGGUGGAACAAACUCUAGAAACACAGGCGCAAGUGACAAAGCUUGUGGAUGGUGGCCAGCUAGAAUUUGUGUCUACUUUAUGGAUACACAGAUUUGGUAUGCUAUCUUCUCUACAAUAGUAGGAGGCAUAUAUGGUGCGUUUUGACGAUUGGGAGAGAUUAAAAAAUCUGAUAUGAAAAGCCACACCUCGACGUGAUGACCGGGAAGGCGAAACCCAAGAAGCACGCGGCUAAGGAGAUAACGCGAAGAUCGACGCCACCACUACCAACUGCGACGACGAUAAGGCGAGCUUGGCGGACCAGUCUGGUGUGGAGAAAGGCAGGCACUUGAAAUACGAUUCCUGACAUGAAAUCGAUGCAAAUUCAUCACGAGGCGCAUCACCCUAAGAUCCCCUUUGAGGAGAAUAAGGUCGUCAUCCGUCACGUCAUAAUCGCCAACGAAUCGUCGAAGCCGCUUCCAGGCAUUCGCAGAAGCCACAAGAAAUGAUCAUAAUCGGUCAUUAUCAUCGCGUAUGUUAUAGUUACUUCAAGCUCUGUUUUUUGUUUUUAUUUUUCUUUCCUUUUAUCUGUCUAAGUUAAAGUCUUCUAAGGUGUUGUUCAGUAUUGCGGGACGUAGGUAUGCUUAGAUUUUGGAAACAAGAUACUCUUUACAUUUUUAACUUAGUCGUAUUUUUGGGAAGACUUAAGCUCUAACCAUGUCAUCUUCAAAUGACCAUUAACCAGGUAGUAAAUGGGUUUAUAGCCCUGAGGUGGAAAAGGAUGAUGGAAACUUACCAAGUUGUUUUGUCUAGUGAGAAGACCAACAGAGGCUCAUGCAUAUUAUUGAGAAUAAAUAGAUCAUUAGAAACUUAUCAAGAAAAGAGAAAGUAGUUGAGUUUAGAGCACUAAGGUGGAUGUGUAAGUAAUGAGGAAGAUCUAGUUUGUUGGAGACAAUUGGAGUCGCAUCUAUUGAGGAGAAGGUGAUGGGAACUUUCCCAAGAUCUAGUUUGAUGACUUUGUUACUCACCCUGUUGUGAAUGUGUGAUUUUGAUAGUUGAUCAGGAUCUAUCAAUGUGUGAUUUAUAAAAUUAUCUAUUAAGUAUGGGACACAAAUUUUGGCCUUUCAUUUUAUGUUAUAGGAAAAGCUUUUAUUUUAAAUUAUUUUGACUGCUAGAUUUAUUCUGAACAUGAGGUUUUUGGAAGUUCUAUCCAGAUAUAUCGAAGCCAAAAAGCUCAAGAAUGUCUAAGUCAGAUGUUGCAAAUUGAUGGAAGGUAAUUGUUGUUAAUGAAAUGGUAUCAUUGGCAUCAUAGGCAUUUUAGCUGGUAACUGGUUUAUAAAGUUUGAAGAACUUUAUGCCUAUUUGCUCUUUAUCUGCAGCUGAUUACUUGUGUUGUA